GCCCGGCGGGUCGGGGGCUCGGGGCCCGGGGCCGCUGCGGGGGCCGCGGGUGCCCUGAGGGCCGCGCUCCCUCCGCUAUGUGGCCGUGCGGAGGGCGGCGGCAGCGCCGGAUCGGGGCCGUGGCGCUGCUCCUCGUCGUGCUGUGGCUGCUGCUGCGCAGGUUUAACUGGAGUGAGCUGACCCCUCUGGGGCUGUGGGGAAGGAGCCUGGGUUUGCAGACAGAGAAGUCCCAGUUCCUGCUGGAAGGGAUGCCCUUCCGCAUUUUCGGGGGCUCCAUGCACUAUUUCCGCGUGCCCCGCGAGUACUGGGAGGAUCGGAUGCUCAAAAUGAGAGCGUGCGGCCUCAACACCCUCACCACGUACGUGCCAUGGAACCUGCACGAAAAGGAGAGAGGCAAGUUUGACUUCAGUAAAAACCUGGAUCUAAGGGCCUUCCUUUCCCUGGCAGCUAAGAAUGGACUGUGGGUGAUUCUGCGCCCUGGACCUUACAUCUGCUCAGAGUGGGACCUCGGGGGUCUGCCCAGCUGGCUGCUGCAGGACCCCGAGAUGCAGCUGAGGACAACCUACAAGGGCUUCACAGAAGCUGUGGACGCUUAUUUUGAUCGCCUGAUGCGCAUUGUGGUCCCUCUCCAGUACAAGAAAGGAGGUCCCAUCAUUGCAGUGCAGGUGGAGAAUGAAUAUGGUUCCUAUGCCAAAGACCCAAACUACAUGACCUAUGUCAAAAUGGCCCUGUUAAACAGAGGGAUUGUGGAGCUGCUGAUGACCUCAGACAACAAGAAUGGGCUUUCCUUUGGCUUGGUGGAAGGAGCACUGGCUACUGUUAACUUUCAGAAACUGGAGCCUGGGCUGCUGAAGUACCUGGACACAGUACAGAAAGACCAGCCAAAGAUGGUGAUGGAGUACUGGACCGGGUGGUUUGAUAACUGGGGAGGCCCUCACUAUGUCUUUGAUGCAGAUGAGAUGGUGAAUACUGUAGCAAGCAUCCUCAAAACAGGAGCAUCCAUCAACCUCUACAUGUUCCAUGGAGGCACUAACUUUGGCUUCAUGAACGGGGCUUUGGAAGCUGAUGAGUACAAGGCAGAUGUCACCAGUUAUGAUUAUGAUGCUGUGCUGACAGAGGCUGGGGACUACACAUCCAAAUUCUUCAAGCUUCGACAACUCUUCAGCAUGGUCAUUGGCCAGCCCCUUCCUCUACCCCCCAUGAUUGAAAGCAAGGCCUCCUAUGGUGCCAUCCUGCUGCACCAGUACAUCUCCCUCUGGGAUGUGUUGCCAGCACUUGUACAGCCCAUUAAGUCAGAGUUCCCUGUGAACAUGGAGAAUCUGCAUCUGAAUGACAGCAUUGGGCAGCCCUAUGGAUAUGUGCUCUAUGAGACUGUCAUUUUUGGGGGGGGCCAGCUGCACACCAGGGACCAUGUCCGGGACCGGGCACAGGUGUUUGUUAACACCAUGUAUGUGGGGGAGCUGGACUACAACACAGUGGAGCUCUCCAUUCCUGAGGGACAGCAGGGCUUCAGGCAGCUGAGGCUCCUGGUAGAGAACCGUGGCCGAGUCAAUUAUGGGCUGGCACUGAACGAGCAGAGGAAAGGCUUAAUUGGUGAUGUCUUCUUGAAUAAAACCCCCUUGAGGAACUUCAAGAUUUACAGUUUGGAGAUGAAACCUGCCUUCAUGAAAAGCUUGCAGCAGGUCUCUGGCUGGAGCACAGUCCCGGAUUAUUUUGUGGGGCCGGCGUUUUUCCGUGGGAGGCUGUGGAUAGAGCAGCAGCCACAGGACACCUUCCUGAAGCUGCAGGGCUGGGAGAAAGGAGUGGUGUUUGUCAAUGGGCAGAACCUGGGAAGAUACUGGAAGAUUGGACCUCAGGAAACACUUUACCUUCCUGGGCCCUGGCUAAGGAGAGGGGGCAACGAGAUUGUCAUCUUUGAGGAGCGCACGGCCGGCCGCAUCAUCCAGUCCGUGGACAUCCCCUAUUUGGGACGGACCCAGUACGUGGAUUGAGAGCUGCUUUCCCCUGUUUGGCUCAUCCUGAGUAUUCCUGGUUGCAUGUCUGAGGGCUCAGCACUUGGGCAUGCUAAUCUCCACUACAGCCAGGGGAAGGAUUUGCCCUCUGGCAGUGAGUUCAGAGGAGAGGACAGCCAGAGGCAGCAGGGCCCCUGUUCCAUGGAUGGAUGGAAGGAUGGAAGCAGCAGCUCAUCUCCCUGCACUGCUGAGGCCCCCAGCCCGCAUGGCUGCGCAUGCUCUGGACCAUCUGCUGGAUGUGGGGGAGUAAAAAGGUGCUGGAGGCAGGUGAGAGAAAGAGAGAGAGAGGAGGAACUGAAGCCAUCUGAACUGAAAGCUGAGCUCAGCUUUCCAGGGACCUUCACAAUGUGCUAUCGCUGGCCUCCUUGUUUUAUAAUUAGGUAGGGAGAAAAUAGUGAGUAAUCAGGUGUGGAAAAGCAUUUUGGUGUGCUUUGAGGCAGAUUUUAGCAAGUCUGCAAAAAGGCCAUUAUGUGUUCCCUUGUUGGAAGCAAGGUGGUUGUCAAAUGAUUUUUAAUUUCAGCUUUUUUUUUUUCCACUAAGUUUUACUUAUGGAGGUCAUCUCUCUCUCUUAAAAGGAAAAAAAAAAAUUAAAAAGUGAGAUGUGUUUUG